CCAAGCGGAGGCAAUGGCGGAGAGGCCUGAGGACCUAAAUCUGCCCAACGCCGUCAUUACCAGGAUCAUCAAGGAGGCGCUACCGGACGGUGUCAACAUCUCCAAGGAGGCCCGAAGCGCCAUCUCCCGCGCGGCCAGUGUUUUCGUUUUGUAUGCCACAUCCUGUGCCAAUAACUUUGCAAUGAAAGGAAAGCGCAAGACUCUCAAUGCCAGUGAUGUACUGUCAGCCAUGGAAGAGAUGGAGUUCCAACGGUUCGUAACGCCAUUGAAAGAAGCGCUAGAAGCAUACAGGCGGGAGCAGAAAGGCAAGAAGGAAGCCUCAGAGCAAAAGAAGAAGGACAAAGACAAAAAAGAUUGCGAAGAGCAGGACAAAAGCAGAGAGGAGGAGGAUGAAGAUGAAGAAAGACUGGAUGAGGAAGAACAGAACGAAGAGGAGGAGGUAGACAACUGACUGGAGAGAGUGGGCAGACUCUGACACGGUGGAAGGGACCCUCAGAUACUGAGAUGUGUUUAUGUGAAGCCUCUCCCUGCAAGGCAGAGCCAUCUUCCGCAACGGUGCCUGAGAUCAAAAUAAAAACUGACCAGAAAGAUCAAAGCUAGCUAGCUCUUCCCAAACUCAGAGCGUCUGAGUUACAGAAACCAGCUUUGCUUCAUCAGUCUGCAGGUUAUGCCUUAUUAGUGUAAGGGAUUCCGAAUGACUACAUAGUUUGGUAUUGCUUGUUUACUUAAAGUGUAUAGCUAGCUAGUUUUUGAUCCUAUUUCCCUGCUCCUCCAAAAAAGUAAUAACAUGUUUCUUGCUGCGUUCCAAGUUGCAGAGUUGCUAACCGGUCAGGGGGAAAUGGGGCUUGGACCAUGGUCACCCUGUUUGACUGUACAGUAAUUGACAAUAGAUAUUAAUGCUCAGAAUGGUUGCUCUUUAGGAAAUGACUAAAAAGCUGUGAGAGAAUAAGGAAAUCUCCUCACUCGAUGGUAGCAUUGCUUGGCUUCUGGCUUUCUACACUUAGCUUUGUAGUCCUGUAGUGACUGUAGAUGCCCAGUGCUCUGGUGUGGCUCCACUCCUAAGACAUAUACUCUUAAAUUCUGAGUGUUGGUUAGAAUCUGUCAAAAAAGGGUGCCAACUCCCCACCCCCACCCCCCCAGAGAUGAGGAUUGAACUCAGGGCCUUGCUAGGCAAGCGCUCAACCACUGAGCUAAAUCCUCAACCCCAAGGGUGCCAAUUCUUAAAAGCAGGUGGCUUAAACUUGGCGGUAACUCAGUGCCUGCCACUGUAGAACCUAGUGCCACCUCUUGGAAGGUAUAAAAUCCCAGAUUGUCUCUUCUCUAGUCCACCUCUCAGAUGAUGGCUGCUGCUUUUUAUCCCCUGAACUCAUAGCAAGUUCCAGAGACUUUAUCUCCUCCAGGCACAGCCUUUCUGUCUCCAUCUCUCCCGCCUCUGCUUCCCAGCCCUGCUUUCUCCUCCUCUUAUUCAUUUCAUCUUCUAGUCUAGGGACUCUGAUAAAGUGCAAGGUCCUCAGAUUGUUUCCUCAUCUCCUGUCUUUUAAAGAGACUUGAGAAGCACCUCUGACCCUGAAGGUGAGAGAAACGGUGCUCAGGAAUGUGGCACCACUGCUGCAGCUUUGAGCGUGCCUGUUGGCCUUUCUUUUCCCCAUUUAGUGCUCCAAGCACUUUCUCUGUCUUAGUUGUGCACAUGAGGCUGACAGGUAAUGUAAUAUAGUUGAACACUGUUAACUAGUCAGGGAAAUACAGGGAAGAGUUUGUUGAAAGUGACUGGAGACUGUUGAGAAGAUUUUAAUGCUUUCUACAAAUAAAUUCUUGUUUAAAUGAUGACCCACACAAUGUACUUUUGGAAAGGACUCACCAAGACACCCCUCUUUUACCCCCUAACCUCAGCACACAUACAGAGUCCUGUGUCUUCUUGGGUUACCAGCAGGUGAAUAAGUAAUCACAAUUUAAGGGCACUGCUCUUCCUGAGAUUCUCCUGGUUACUUUGUAUAUCUCACUAGCUCCCACUUCCUAAGCUCUUCCAGUGUCUAGCAUUGUUCUAAGUGCUUUCAAGUAUCAAUUCCUAUCCAUAGAUGUUGCCUCUAUUAGCUCUCAACCACAGCUCUGUAUCUCCAGUACACACAGUUCUCAAGUCAUAUUCACAAAGAACCCCAGUGGUCCUUUGGUUUAUAGGCUUUUUCCUUCACAGCAGAAACAUUGUUUAAUUCCCAUAAGCACAGUGCUAGACCUACUCAAGUCCCAUUUAUAAUCCUGUGAUUUCCUUUGAACUCAGUUUCAAAUGUAUAACUAUAUGCCAAGUAGAUCUUCCUAGAAUAUACCUUUGCUUUCAGUGAGAUCAAAUCCAUAGUUAAACCUGUUAUUCAAGGCUUGUGUAAGAAGGGCUUACCCUACCAUCUAAUCUCCACUCUAAGGCUGUCAAGAAUUGGAAGGGGCUCAGUCACAGAGCACUUGCCUAGCAUGUUCAAACAAAACAAAAACCAAACUCUUCCAUGUCUCGGGUUUGUCCUGCCCAAUCGCUUAACUAUAACAUUCUAAGAGAAACCUUUUCUGGGAAUGGAGGUUUGGAUUUAAAAGUAAAGAAUUCAACAUCUGGAAA